AUCCUCUGGCUGCCUUACCAGCAACACACUGACAACUCACUGCUCAGGGAAGAGCUUUCAACCACAGCAACUACAACUACGACUACAACAGCAGCUAUGGAGGUGUCUUACUGCUCUCCUCUCCAGCUCCAGGAGAACUCUUUCCUGUUUGACUGCGAGUCCCUGCUGGACAAAUCUUAUGAUCCUCUGGCCUAUGAUCCAACCUCGGACCCCGGCUACUUCAGCGCUGGUAGCAGCCUGUCUCCCACCUCUUCUGUGGACUCCUUCUGCUUCUCCCCGACCUCCCUGCAGGCUGCCGCAAACGAACAAGACGUUUUGGACUGUUUCAUCUUCAACAACCCGGCAGCGCCUCCUCUUACCCACGAGACACAGACUCUGCCCUGCUCCAGGUCCUCCACAACCACCUUCACCACUAAGAAAUCCAGGUCCAGGUAUCCAGGGAAGAAGCGCCAGACAGCCAGCGAGAGGGAGAAGCUGAGGAUGAGGGAUCUGACCAAGGCCAUGCAUCACCUCAGGACAUACCUGCCACCCUCUGUGGCACCAGCUGGACAGACCCUGACCAAGAUCGAGACGCUGCGCCUCACCAUCCGCUACAUCUCCUACCUGUCGGCUCAGCUGGGCCUCAGCGACGAGGCGCUGGAGCAGAGGAGGUCCUCAGGCUUUGUGGAGCAGCCCCAAACCCUCAGCCAGUUCCUGGGUCAGCCAACAGCCAGCUACAGCCCACAAGAAUCAGACUGUAACACCACGAGCACAGCCCAGCUGUCCCAGCCCGCAUAUCAGGUUUCUAGUGGAGUUUGCUUCUCCAGCGAGCAGUACUGGAUGCCACAGCAGCAGCUACAAAAUAUCACCUUCUCUGGACAGUGCUGAGAGAUGUGACGAUCAAUCCACUCCACUAUUUUCAUUGCAACAAUGACCUCUGACACUGAUUUAUGGACAAAACUUCUCAUUUUUGUUAUUUUGAACAAAAUAUAUUUCUGCGAUUUUUUGUUGUUGAUGUGUUUUUGUAUAUAGAACUGUAUAUUUAUUGAGCUUUCACAAUGUGAACAGAAUAAACAUUAUUUAUCCAAAUAACCCUUGAGUGUGUUGCAUUCAUCCAAAUGGGUUUGUUGUUGGUUUUCUAUUUCUGUUAUCAUUUGUACAAACUAAACAAGUGAAAUCAUACAGACUUGGUGCUUGGCCUCCACUUCCUUACACAAACAGCUGUCAGCAGGACAAUGAGGUGCUAAACAGGGAGCACAUCCCCUCUAAAGUCCUUAAGGAAAGAUCCCCACUGAGAGAAGUGGCAGCUGAACUAGGACCAGUUAAUUGGCACCUUUUCUAUCCUGUGUAAACAUGGCUGGUGGUUGAGACCCUGAAAAAAACCGCAUGAUAAAUAACUGGCCCUGGAUUAAGUUCAGAAAGUUGGCCAAUAAUGCUGUUGAAUUGUUUUUAUUUCACUCCUGUUGGAAGGUGUUUCUCUGCAGUGUCCAUAUAUAUAACACAGAACUUAAUAUGGGCCAACAUUCAGUGUAUUAUGUCUUAACUCAUUCACUCAUUCAUACUCAUGGAAGUACAAAAUGUCACAAAAUGGCUUUUAUUUCAUAGAAUGGCAUCCACAGAAGAUGUAAAAAAAAUAUGGGGAUGCAGCCAGGUGAGCAUAGAAUAUCACACAUUUGUGUUGUGACAAUUAUUUAAAAUCUUGAAACUCCUCUAAUGUCUUUCAAACAUUGGCAGUACAUACAGUAUUAAAACAUGUUUUCCACAUGCGAAACCAGAUUUUGGUAUCAAAUAGUCUUUAUUU